AUGACGGGUGCACAAGAUACGGGACAGGCAGCAGCAGACAAUGCUGCGCCUAUGAGUGGUAAUUCCCCCAAGGCGCCUACUUCCGCUCAAGCAAAUGCUCAGGGAGGAGAAGCCGCGCAGAAACAUGAGAAGCAUUACUCGAUCGCUGAGGUCUCCAAGGCAGUGGGGGCGCAAUCGUCGACGCCAUCAGCAAUGAAGGGACCGCGCUCUGUUUCGUCCUCUUCUGAUCGACCACAAGUGUUGUCCUCCAGCACAUCUCCACCGACUAAGAUAGCUUCGGCUGAUGCACAGAGCGCCCGUCAAGUAGCACCAAGGACUCCACAAUCUGCUAGCUCGAGCGCUGGCACGAGCCGCGAAGUACAAGCGGGACCCUCCACAAGGCUUCUAGCGUCCGAGCCUUCUCCUGCCACACCGGCUAUCGCCUCUGCCUCUGCACGACCAGCUUCGUUCUACUCCUCUACAUCCUACGGCGAGCCUUUGGCGCCUCCAGCGUCCAUCAAGACAUCAGCAAGUGCUCAUCUUGAUGGUGUCGAAGACGCGGCCAGCGAAGAUGCUCCCAACAAACAGAUUGAUGAGGAGCCAGAUAGCGUCAGUCAUGCGUCCGCACGUGGCUCAGGCAGGCCGCGCGGGCGUCCUCGAGGGUCCACAUCGAGAGCGCGUCCCGGAGGCGGUCGCGCGCGUGGUCGUCCUCGCACGCAGACUUCGAGGCAAGGUCAGACUUUUGACGAUGUGGAUCAGGGCAACGCUAGUUCUGCUUCCACGCCUACAUCGUACCGCAUACAAAAGGCUGCCGCUGCCGCUAUCGAUGCAGCCGCAGCCAAGUUGGCACGCAUUGAGCCCACUUUCAUAACGUCGCGCGACUUCGCUCCGCAACUCAAUGGCGACCGCACGGAGGAUAGUGACCCACACUAUCAAGCGCCGAAAGAGGGUGGCAUGAAGAGGAGGAACAAAGUGAGUCAAUGAGAGCUGCGAAUCGUUUUCAAAGCUACGGAUUAACGGUCAAUCACAUCUCCUUUUCGCUCUCCCUCUUCGUUGUAAUUGUGCAAUCAUUGAAGGACGACGAGCUGCCAAAUGGGAAGGACGGCUCUUCUGAUGCUUCUGCAUUCAGCACAGCACACGUGAAAGGUGAUCCGGCAAUGCACCCCACUCGGAAGGCUGCUCUGCGCAUCGUGCAGCAGGGUACUUUGCCGCCCCUGCCUUUCAACAAUGCGAAAGUUGAAGACGGACAAAGCGAGCCAUACACAGGCACCUCAACGAUACCCACGCGCUUCAGCACUCCACGCCACCCGCCUCCACGCCAACGAGAACGGCUGUUCGAGCUGGAAGAAGCGCCCACAUUUUAUCCCACCUGGCAAGAUUUUGCAGAUCCUAUGCGAUACAUCGAAUGGGUUGCUUCUUCAGAUGGAGGGCGUGGCAAAGAGUAUGGUAUAGUCAAGAUCGUACCCCCUCAAGGCUGGAACCCAGAAUUUGCGCUUGACCAGGAGGUGAGCAUAUGAAGGGAAAACGCAGGAGAGCCUGGGCUGAUCUCGACCACCGCACUUGCGGCGAUGCUGGUCCGCUCUCUUCACAGCUUUUCUCCUUUCGCACCCGUGUGCAGCGACUGAAUUCGCUGAGCGCUGACGCGCGAGCAUCGCUCAACUACCAGGAGCAGCUGCAGAAGUUCCACGCGCAGCAAGGACAUGCACGGGUAUCCAUUCCAAUUGUGGACCGGCGACCCGUGGAUCUGUAUAGCCUCAAAUUGAUAGUUGCUGAGUUGGGGGGUCCUGAGACCGUGGUCAGGAAUCGAAAGUGGUCAGACGUCACGCGCAAGCUAGGCUACGCCGAUAGCGAUGCAAAUCAUCUCGCUGCGCAAGUCAAAGCAGCCUACUACAAGAUCAUUCAUCCGUUCGAGAAGUUUUUGCUGUCAGCGAAGGAGCAAGUGCGGCAAGCUUCCAACAACACUUCUCCCGCAGGAGUUCCAGGCACAGCCUCAGCAGUCGCAGCACUGAAUAUGCGCAGCACGCCGAUGCCUACUUCUCAACAGAACCAGACGGAUUUUCCCUCCGUCCAAAGUGCGCACCCUACAGACGGCCAAAGCACUUUGACUUGGGCCGAGCUCACACCUGCCGAAAGGGAGCUCUGGGCAAUUGAAGAUGCGGAUGCCGCGAGCUCGAGCAAACGGCGCAGCACAAGACGUCGUACAGAUUAUACUGCCGGUGAGUAGAGGGCCAAAAUUGUGGGGCUUCGACUGUACAUUGAUUUGUAGGAUAUUUCAUUCCGCCGUAGUUGCUGGGCUCAAAGGCUCUACCAAUGGCAAGAGCACACGUAGAAAGAAGAGCACGGGCGCAGGUGGUAUGAGCCGAGCUGAACACCAGGCAGCAGAGGAGGAUUUGAUCCUACUUCCAGGCGCAGAAGAACAAGUGAGUAGAUUGAGCACUAAUGACAAUGUCUGAGACGCUGAUCAAGCCGUUGCUAUCUGGACAACAUCCAGAUGUGUGAAAUUUGUCUGCGCGGAGACGACGGCAUGGAGAUGCUGUUGUGUGACGAGUGCAACAGAGGCUACCACAUGUACUGCCUCGAUCCACCCUUGACUUCUGUGCCGAAGUCCCAGUGGUUUUGCCCACCCUGUCUGGUGGGCACUGGCAAUGACUUUGGCUUCGACGACGGAGAGACGCAUACACUGCACUCAUUUUGGAAACGCGCCGACGCAUUCCGAUCCGACUGGUGGGCGAAACGAUCGGGCGCAAUCUGGAAGCCUGCAGCAGAACCGGAACGCGAAGGAUCAGUCACAGACAUGUUCGUCGAGGACGUCGAUGCUGCCAAGCCUGGCCCCUUGUCGAAUGGUCUCACGCGACCAAUCGCGGGCACUAAUCUACGUGUCGCGGAAGAUGACGUCGAGCGCGAGUUUUGGCGACUCAUAGAAGAUCCUAAUGAAACCGUCGAGGUGGAAUAUGGCGCAGAUAUCCACUCCACCGCCCAUGGCAGGUGAAUUGUCUCCUCGGCUGGAUGGCGGCCUAUUUUAAUCACCGCGCUCGCUCACUUGUGAUCCUUUCUCUCUACAGUGCGCUACCAACACUCGAGACGUGCCCGCUCAGCUCGUAUGCGCGGGACGGAUGGAACCUGAACAAUCUUCCAAUCUUGUCUGGCUCGCUGUUGAGGUAUAUCAAGUCCGACAUUUCCGGUAUGACCGUGCCUUGGAUCUACGUUGGAAUGAUGUUCUCGACCUUUUGUUGGCACAACGAGGAUCAUUACACUUACUCAAUCAACUAUCAGCACUGGGGUGACACGAAGACCUGGUAUGGUAUACCCGGGGUCGAUGCUCAGAAAUUUGAGGAAGCGAUGCGUCGAGCCGCUCCAGACCUUUUCGAAACUUCACCUGAUCUUCUGUUCCAACUUGUCACCAUGAUGAGUCCAGCAAAGCUCAAGCGCGAAGGAGUGAGGGUCUAUGCUUGCGACCAACGCGCAAAUGAGCUGGUUAUCACCUUUCCCAAGGCAUAUCACUCCGGUUUCAACCAAGGUUUCAACCUCAAUGAAGCUGUCAACUUUGCACUACCGGACUGGUUGGACCGCGACCUCGAAUGCGUGCAGCGUUACCAGCGCUUCAGCAAACAGCCAGUCUUCUCCCACGAUGAGCUAGUCGUAACGAUUUACCAACAUAGCCAGGUCACGGAGACGGCCAUGUGGUGAGUGGUCAGGGUCGUAUGACCAAAUCGUUUCCUUUCUGAUUGUCGUCCUCUCUCCGUCCUCAAGGCUGCACUCAGCGUUCGCGGAGGUUGUUAAUCGUGAAAUUUCAGGUCGCAAGGCUUUGCGUGACCGCCUUGUCAUGCUCGAAGAAGAAGUCUACGAUAAAGAUAGACCUGAGAAGGAUACGCAGUGCACACAUUGCAAGUGUUUCUGCUACCUAGCUCAGGUGACUACUGAGGGCACUACUAGUAUUGCCUGCCUAGACCACGUCGAAGAGGUCCAUGGCAGUGACGUCACUGAAAAGCGGUUGCUGCGCAUGAGAUUCUCUGAUGACAAUCUAGAGAGCAUGCUGGUCAAAGUAAGCGAGCGAGCUGAAGCUCCACGCCAAUGGGAAAAGCGAUUCAAGAAGCUGCUGAGGUCUCAUGCUCGCCCACCGCUGAAAUCUCUGCGCAACAUUUUGGCUGAGGGAGAGCGUUUGCCCUUCGCGGUGCGCCAAGUAGAAGAACUGCGCGACUUUAUCGAGCAAGCGCAAGAAUGGGUCGACAGCGCGACUGCCAUCAUCACUCGCAAAGGAAAGCGUCAGAGUACAAUGACGGCCUCCAUAGGCGGACCCCCUUCGCUUACAACUCGUCGAGCCUCAAGAGCGAUUGUGAAAGCCAGCGCCAGCCCAGACCAUCGCUCGCUCGGCGAGGGCAAGGAAGACGCUAGCAGGGAUACGGACGGGCCCCCCUCUCCCAAAGCGGUGUACACGCUGCUUGAAGAGUCCAUCGCUCUGCCAUUCGACGCUCCGGAAAUCAGUCAGCUUCGCGACCUCGUAUCUCAGAUUGCGCACAUGCGCGGUGACGCCGCUGAGCUAAUCAAAAGGGAAAUGGAUGCGCCUGACGACUCCGAGGAACCUCCUAUGGAUGCGAUCCAGGCGAUGUUGGACGAAGGCGAAUCAAUCAACGUAGCUUUACCCGAGCUACAAGAGCUAAGUCGUAUCAAGCUCGUCAGACAGUGGUUCAAGGAAAUGGACGAAAUUCACGCCAAUUUCAUCAAUCUGGAUGAGGUGGAGGAGUUGCUAGCAGAAGCAGCGGAAGGGCGAAUUCCUGAGACGCAAGCCUACCAUGCAGAUCUCCUUCGCCGUCGAGAGCUUGGACGCGAAUGGAAAGCUUUCGCCCUUCACGUCUUGGAUGGCACAGAGCUCAUUCGGCAACGAGAUUUGGAGCAUCUCACGACGACGUCAAAUGAAGUAGCUGUGGUGCCUGAACUUCAUCAGCGAGCUGAGGCUCUACUUAAGAAAGCUCGCGAAUACCAAAAGCUAGUAGAGACGGUCUUCGAGGGGAUGGCGGAGCCUAGGCCUGGCCACGCUGUUCCCAUCGGAAACCUUGAUCAGCUACCCGAGGCCCGGAGAAUCGUCAAGCUGAUCAAGGCUGCCCGGUUACACAUUGGCGGAGCGCGCGUUCUUGCCGAAGGCAUCGACCUUUACGACGAAUGGAACGAGCGCUUGCAAGAUCUGUUGGAAACGACGUUCGCACAGAAGCGCGCUAUGAGUCCCGAAUCUACUUCAGCUCAGCUUGAUCAGUUCUUCAAACAGAUCCGUGAAAGCACCGAGCUGGACGAUGAGGUACCCCCUGAAUCCGGCUUCGCUGCGACUCAGCGACAGUGCGUCUGCCGGACCACCGAGGACAUCAAUGGGCCCGACACAGUGCAGUGCGAGGAAUGCAUGUCAAAGUAUCAUUUGGAAUGCCUCAAGAUGGAGGCGAAAGAGAUACCAAAACACAAAUCCUGGUUUUGUCCGGUUUGUCAGCCACAAAAGUUGCCCAAGCUUCUGGCGCAGCGCCGUGCGAUCAGUCUGCGAGACGUCACUGCGCUUGCAUGCGAUGCUCGCUACGAGCCGCACUGCUUCCAAUUCCCUCCCAAAGAUCUUCUCGCGUUUGGUGAAGCGGAACAGAGAGCUACGCGUCUUCAUCGCAUCGCGUACGAUUUUCUGGUCCCAAAGCCUGCUCCGACGUAUCGCCCAAACGAGCUCAUGUUCCGACACAUUCUUCGAAAGGCGAUUGGGUGCCCAGUGGAUCCGCCGGCGCCCAACGGUGCGCCGACUGUUGCAAUCAUUUCUCAGGUCCUUUUCAAUCUGCACGGGCUCGACGGCCAGGGAAAUCCCGUACCUGGAAUUAUUCCACGCCCAAAUAUCUCAGUGCUGAAGACGGGCCGAUAUGCUGGCUCUCCAACUAGUCGGCCGGCCCUCCCGGUCUAUGGCGCCAGGACUAUGCCCUCCAACCAGUCCACAUCAGCCUCGCCCAGUGCGGCCCGGCCGAACAGUGGCGUUACGACUUCACACGCUACACCACACGCAGUGCAUACUUCUCGCGAGCCUACUAAUGCGCCCAAUGCUAGUGGCUCGACUGCGAAAGACGCUCAGCGACCACCGAGUCUUGGCCAAUCGGCCGCCGCAGCGCACGAACAUCCGCCAUCCUUCGACGAGGACAUGCCUGCGUCAUUCUCUGGACUCGAUGAUGUGCCUGCGCCCCUAGCUGGCGACGACGAUGAUCCUGCGCCUGUUCCCGGCGAGGAGGCCAAAAGUGCUGAACCAGAGUACAUUGACCCACGCAAGCGCAAGCGCGGAAAGCGUGCCAAGCUCAUUUUCGCUGAAGAGGUUGGCAGCUAUGUUCCCAUCAAUGGCGAGCGGGUUUACUGCAUAUGCAAGAAAGCAGAAUCCGGUGCUAUGAUCUCGUGCGACCGCUGUAUGGCAUGGUAUCAUUGUAAUUGCGUCUUCGUAGACGACAGCGCCGAUUUGCCGGAGGGCAAAUGGCUUUGUCCCCUCUGCUGCGUCAAGACGGAGCGCAAGUAUCCGCACGCGGAAGUCAAAGUACGAGAAAGUGGAGUCACAGAUCCCAAUCUGUUCCUCGAUGUUCGAGCCACCCUGCGCUCACAGAAGCGGCCAAUCAGCAAAUUUCAAGUCUGGAGCACGGUCAGCGAGUCCAGGCGCCUCGUUCUGCACCUUGAGAGCUGGUAUCCGGCCGUCGCUGUGGAUCACCAAGCUGAGCCUGCAGCAAAGAAAGCACGCAGGACAUUCGUGCGCGCCCCGGGACCUGCCUCUGCCAGCACUGCAGAGCUGUGGGCAGCACAUGGAUCGCCUGGCCAUGCGGAAGCACAGCUCCCCGAAACGCACACCCCAUUGCAGUACCCUCCACCUUCUCAUCGGGGAAAUGAGGCUCGUUUGUCUGGCGCGCCUUCUGAACUUGGGUUUGGUGCAGCACAUCAUCAUGCAGGGGGCAACGCGGUGCCGAUGCACCCUCAGCGCGGCUACGAGCAUGGAUCGAUGCUUGACCGACAGCCGGACAUGCACCCUACACCGAUGCCUCUGCCAAUACCUGGCGACUCACGCUCAGCACAUCUCGUCGCGGACCCUGCCUUGCGCGAGGCACAAAUGCGUGCAGAGCGCGAAGCACAGGCUCAGCGUGAGGCGAAGGAGCGGCAUAGGGCAGGUAUGGCUAAUCUCUACAGUCGCGGAGUAACGGACGCAAUGAUCGAGAAAUGGUACGUUGGCUGGAGCGGCAAGAACUUAGUAUAUCCCAGGUACGACGAAUUCGGAAACCUCACCGAAAUGGAUCUUGGAACGCACAUCGUUCUCGCACCCGACGAUCAGGAUGGCACGAAGUUCAUGGAGCGGCUUCUAGAAAAUGAAGUACGCGCUGCCCGUGACGCUCGUGAGCGAGCUCGCCACGAGGAGCAUAGUGCUCUACAAGAUUCGCAAGGCUGGGCAAGACCACGUAGUGUGUCGCGGGCGCCGAUUGACCACGAUGUUCAAGCGUGGUCACGCAGAGAGAGUUCGACCCAGUCACCUGGAGUGGUCCAUCCGGGACUUCCGCCUGUCCGCCGUCCAUCACACGAACCUAGUGCAAUUUCUUCGCCAAGGCAACGUCCGAAUGCAUUGAGACCUCCUCCGCCAAUGAUGCAGCGCGCUAUGCCAUACGAGCCUUCGCCUAGAAGCAGCCUUCGGGCGCUACCACCCCCACCUCCUCGGCGUGACCCAACUCGAUCCCCUUCCCAGGUGAGCUGUCCGUGCGAGCAAGCGGGCAUGAUCUACAUGCCUGAAUCUUACCUUUGCAUUUUGCACUUUGAUGCCCUUCAGGCACCCUCCUUGCCUCGUACAUUACACGGUGUCAUUUCUCAAGCACCACCUCUUCCUUCCUCUGCUCAAUCCCUAAUGCAAGUGAGUCUUUGCUCGAGAAACCUACCGUAGAUGCCGCUUUCGUUAACAGUACGACCGAUGGUCCCAUUCAAAGGGGUCCAACCAGAUCGGAGCUACUCCGGAGAACUACGGCUCUCCCGCCUUGCCUCCUUUGUCCACCGGAGAUCUCAGCGGCGACCCUCGAGCAGGACGUUCCUCCCUGCCCCCGCCCCUCCUUCCACCUACUUCCAACCAGGAGCCUCAACAUUAG